CCCAUGUCUCUGGCUGGCCCGAGGGGCGCGGCGCUGCUCCCGGCGCUCUGUGCAGGCUGCGCCAGCCCUGGGGCGGCGCUGCCCUUGGGCGCUCGAGGGCGCGCAGGCCCCGGCCAGGGCGGCGCGGCGGGUGAAGGCGGCGGCCGCCGGGACUCGCCGCGGGGCCUCUACGAGCUGCUGGGUGUGUCGUCGGGCGCCACGCAGGUCCAGAUUAAGACGGCCUACUACAAGCAGUCCUUCCUCUACCACCCGGACCGCAACUCCGGCAGCGAGGAGGCGGCCGAGCGGUUCACUCGCAUCAACGAGGCCUACCUGGUGCUGGGCAGCGUGGGCCUGCGCAAGAAGUAUGACCGCGGCCUCCUCUCCCGGGAGGACCUGCGCACUGCCAGGAAGCCCUCCGGUAAGGAGGGGGCUGCGGCCCCAGCAGGGGCGGCCGGAGCCGCGUCGCGGAGGACCCAGGCGUUCACCGCGGGCCGCCCACCCGGCCAUCCCAUCUUCGACUUCGAUCAGUUCUACCGGGCCCACUACGGUGAACAGCUGCAGCGGGAGCGCAUCCUCCGGGAGAGGCGGCAAAACAGAGAGAAGGACAAGGAGGAGACACAUAAGCGGUGGCUGACUGAGGACUUCGUAGGAUCCCUCAUCCUCCUUACAAUUGUGAUCCUAAUGUUUAGCUUGAAGUGAGCGAGAGGAACAGACGCUGGCUUGUCACCCAACUGGCACUCGGCCCAUGGGAAGCCUCCCCCUCACCAACAAGCAGUGCUGACAAGCCACUCUCUCUUUUCUCUGAAGGGCACUUGACAGCAGCUGGACUUGCAGGGUAGGAGAUUUCUCUCAGGAAAGGCCAUUCUGACCUUCUAGGGAUCGCAGACUUAUGGGGCUCUUCACUGCCCCACAAGCUUUCUCUCUGGUUCUCAGUAGCACAGAAGGCAAAACACAGACCUUCGGAAAGAUUUGGAGUGUGGUCGGCACAGCUGCGGGAAGCAAAUGGCCACCCACAAGGGCAGGCUGCACUAGCACUUUCUCAGGUCUUGUAGUCUGGGAUGCAAAGGGGGGAGGAUGGUGUGGCCCGUAUGUCCAGACUGGCAGAUAAUGUGUAUGAACUUUAUUUUGAUGCAUAAAGGCACCAGGAAUGAGAA